AUGAAGCCCGCCAUCGCAGAUACAAGCCAAGCUGAGGUCGAGGGAGGCAGCCAGGAGAAGGACGCCCUCUCGGACACCGCACUCCUGGAAACACUUGGGUACAAACCGGUUCUGCACCGAACGUACACGUUUCUGGAGAGCUUCGCAACGACCUUCGCUGCGCUGUACUUCGUCGGCGGAGUACGAGUGACGUUUAGCACUGGCAUCGCAGCCGGUGGGAACUUGGCUUAUUGGACAAACUACCUGGUUACUGCUGUCUUCACGGGGAUCACUGCCUCAGUCAUCGCCGAGAUCUGCUCUGCUCUUCCCUCUGCCGGCUCAAUCUACCUCUGGGCCGCUGAGGCCGGCGGUCCCAAGUACGGACGACUGUUAGGAUUCGUCGUUGCGUGGUGGAGUACCACGGCAUGGACGACCUUCUGUGCCAGCAACACGCAAUCUGCUGUAAACUACAUUCUAUCCGAAUUAACUGUGUUUGAUGUUGACUUCCCCAAAAGUGUUGACGAUGUGAAGUUCAGGGCUGUCCAGUGGAUAUGCACUGAGGCUUUGCUUGCCAUUGCAGCCAUAGUCAACUUUCUCCCGCCGAGGAUGUUCAGAUACGUCUUCUACCUUUCGUCGACAUUCGUUCUUUUGGACUUUUUGAUGAAUGUUAUCUGGCUGCCAAUUGGUGCCCAUAAUACCUGGGGUUUCCGCACUUCUAGUGAAGCAUUCUUAGCUACCUAUAACGGCACGGGUGCCCCUGCUGGCUGGAAUUGGUGUCUCUCCUACCUUGCCACUGCCGGAAUUCUCAUUGGAUUUGACGCCUCAGGCCAUAUUGCUGAAGAGACCAAGAACGCUUCUUUGACCGCGGCCAGGGGUAUUUUCUGGAGUACUGUAGUCAGCGGAAUUGGUGCUGCCUGUACAAUUGUUCUAUUCUUGUUCUGCGCACCCGACCCCAAGACCUUGUUCUCUUUCGGGUCCCCUCAGCCAUUUGUCCCUCUGUAUGCUGUUGUGCUGGGCCAGCGAGCUCAUAUUAUUAUGAAUGUGGUGUGCGUAAUCACCUACUGGUUUAAUACCACGAUUGCUAUCGUAGCUGCAUCGAGACUUGUUUUUGCCGUUGCCCGAGAUGGCGUACUCCCAUUUUCUAGCUGGGUCUCCCGUGUUUCUCCUUCAGGUCAACCCUAUAAUGCCAUCAAGGUAGUCUGGGGCGUCGCUGCAUUAGUAACCUGUACCAUCCUCCCAUCAAAUGUUGCAUUCACAUCGCUAGUUUCAGCCGCCGGUGUCCCGUCUGCAGCUGCAUACGGCCUCAUCUGUUUUGGGCGGGUCUUCCUUACCCCGAAGAAAUUCCCCAAGCCAAGAUGGAGCCUAGGUGUCCUCAGCAAGCCGUUUCAAAUUAUUGGAAUUUUUUGGAACGGUUGGGUUGUCGCUAUCCUAUUCUCGCCUUACGUUUUCCCUGUCACUGGCCAGACAUUAAAUUAUGCUCCUAUAAUCCUGGCUGGUGUCACGAUUAUUGCAUUAAUAUCCUACUGGGUCAUCCCGGAGGAAUCCUGGUUCCCGAGUGCACGUAUCUCCAAGUUUGUUGAAGGGCGACCUCAGGAUCUGGUGAGUCCGGAGGUAAAGCAGUGA